AUAAUUUACUGGACGGAACGCUUCUUCACCAACAACGCGCCUACUCUUUCAACCGCCUCGGUAGCUUGCUAGCCAACAUAAAACAGAAAGAUUGACGCUUUAGACCAUGUUAAUGUACAUUAGCUAAUCUCAGUGUUGUAAACACAAUUCUGUUGACCUAUCUACUGUUUAACUUUAACCUAAUUUGCUUGUUCAAUUUGCAAACUUGUUAAAGAUUGAUGCUGAGCCUAGCACUAGGCUAGUCGCUAAUGCUAACUCGCUAGCUAACUCGCUAGCUAACAUCCUUGACCAUGAGCUCGCUAAACUACUCCUCCUGCUAAAGAAGAGGAGGUUUGCUGUACGGGGAAAGAAGCUCUGGCGCUGAACAUUGUCGUGGAAGAAGAAGAGGAGGGUAUUACAGUGAAAGAAGAGAAAGAACCUUUCAGAAUGAAAAAGGAGGAAGAGGAGGUUGUUAUAGUGAAGGAAGAAGAGGCUGUUAUAGUGAAGGAAGAAGAGAAAGAACCUUUCAGAAUGAAAAGGGAGGAAGAGGAGGCUAUCUCAAUAAAGGUGAAGAUGGAAGACGUUUUUGGAGUGAAAGAGGAGGAGACAGAAGAUCCGAUUAACACCACAGGAGAGAGACAUGACUAUGGUGGAUCCUCUGGGGAGCCUCAACAACAUCCUGAUGCUGACGAAUCAGAGAAGAGUCUCUCCAGAUCAGAACACCAGAUGGACAACGCUAGCCCUUCCCCCCUCCCGGAGUCCCCGUUUCGUGCCUCUCCUGGUAGCACCUUACUGCUGGGUAUGAAGAGGUUGUCUGUGCUGCUGGUGGACUGUAGGAAAACAACAGUGCUGAGUGGAACUGUGAGAGGAAGAGAAGAGAAGAAAGGAUCAGAUUUGACUCAACAAAGAGAAAGACCAGACUCAGAGGAACCAGAGCCAGGGACAUCCAAACCAGCAAGACGACACCAAUGCUCCCACUUUAGAAAGGGUUGUAACCGGUUAUGGGACCUGAAACAACACGAGAAAAUACACACAAGGGAGAAGCCUUACCACUGCUCCCAGUGUGGAAAGUGUUUCGGCAGGUCAGGGGAGCUGAAACAACAUGAGAGAAUACACACCGGGGAGAAGCCUUACCACUGCUCCCAGUGUGGAAAGUGUUUCGGCAGUUCAGGGAAGCUGAAACAACACGAGAGAAUACACACAGGGGAGAAGCCUUACCACUGCUCCCAGUGUGGAAAGAGUUUUAACCAGAAAGGAAACUUGAACCUCCACGAGAGAAUACACACAGGGGAGAAGCCUUACCACUGCUCCCAGUGUGGAAAGAGUUUUAACCAGAAAGGAAACCUGAACCUACACGAGAGAAUACAUACAGGGGAGAAGCCUUACCACUGCUCCCAGUGUGGAAAGUGUUUCAGCCAGUCAGGGGAGCUGAAACAACAUGAGAGAAUACACACCGGGGAGAAGCCUUACCACUGCUCCCAGUGUGGGAAGUGUUUCGGCAGUUCAGGGAAGCUGAAACAACACGAGAGAAUACACACAGGGGAGAAGCCUUACCACUGCUCCCAGUGUGGAAAGUGUUUCAGCCGUUCAGGGGACCUGAAACAACACAGGAGAAUACACACAGGGGAGAAGCCUUACCACUGCUCCCAGUGUGGAAAUGUUUUCGGCCGUUCAGGGGACCUGAAACAACACGAGAGAAUACACACAGGGGAGAAGCCUUACCACUGCUCCCAGUGUGGAAAGGGUUUCAGGCGUUCAGGGGAGCUGAAACAACACGAGAGCAUACACACAGGAGAGAAGCAUUACCACUGUUCCCAGUGUGGAAAGGGUUUCAAUCUGCCAGGGCAUCUGAAACGGCAUGAGAGAAUACACACAAGGGAGAAUCCUUAUCACUGCUCCCUGUGUGGAAAGCGUUUUAACCAGAAAAGCAACCUGAACCAACAUGAGAAAUUACACAGAGGGGAGAAGCCUUACCACUCCUCCCAGUGUGCAAAGUUUUUUCCCAUUUAGGAAGCCUGAAAGAACACAUGAGACUACGCACAGAAGAGAAGGCUUAGAAAUUGCUCAGACUGGGAAAACAUAUUACUCAUCACAGUCACUUAAACGUCAUGAGAGAAUCCACACAUAAGAGAAGAAUUACUUGUAUAUUGAUAUUUCACAUCUCAUUGACUUAAAAUUCAUCAGAGAACAUACACAGUGCUCCCAUUGUCUUAUAUUGUUGACUGAUAAUGUGUUUACUUGUUUUUACCAUAUGAAAUUAAAUGGUACAGGGUAUACUCAAACAUAUAUUUGUUUGUUUUUAUUAGAAAACAUGAAUUUAAUAUGGAGUAUGUCAGUUUGAAUAUAAAGUAGAUCAGAUUCCAUGUGUUUAAAUGGUCCUUUUUUAAACUCUUUGUGUGUGUUUAUCUGGGUGUGUCAUUCCUCCAGCACUACAGAAAGUCAAGUGAUAUUUGGAUGUGAUGCAUUUGUUCCAUUGUUUACAUUUGCAAUGUUGGCCCACUGAUGAUUUAAUGAAAUUAAAAUGUUCACAGACUCUGUAAUGGAACAUGUUAAUUGUAUGUGUCCACAUAACUGAGUAUGUGACUAGCCUUGUGAAACUGUCCUAUUAUAAUCUCCUGUUCCUGGGAGUAUCAUCCUGUGUUGCAAACCAGCUGCACCUGCUUCCUUGUAUGAAUAAAGUCCCUCCCAGGAACAGGAAACUAUAAAGAUAUGUGCUCAUCACCCAAUGCUUCAGGAAUUCAGACUGUCUACACUGCGCUGUGUAACUGUUAUUCUCUCUGAGCUCAGAAAUAAAGAAUCUUGGUUUGA